GGAAGCACUGACGGAUUAGUUUCACGAGAUCUGCAACCAUCACAACAUGCUGAUACAUUUACCCUAAAUAGGGAAUCGUGUUAUGUUUUAAAGCCUCUAAUUAAAAACAGUAACAGAAUGCCCGCCCGAAACACCAUAACCGGUGGGAUCCCCAACAGCAGAGUCCGUUACUCCAAAUUGGCCAAUGAUGAUGAUGGCUACAUUGACUUACAGUUCAAAAAGAGUCCACCCAAAGUCCCAUACAGGGCCAUCGCCCUGGCAACGGUGCUCUUCCUGAUCGGCUCUCUACUGAUCAUCAUCGGCGGGCUCCUUCAGGCGGGCUACUUCCACGUCACUCAUCAGGAUCGCACUAUUCCCGUCCUGAUCAUCGGAAUCCUGGUGUUCCUUCCUGGAUUUUAUCAUCUGCGGAUUGCCUACUAUGCCUUCCGAGGUUACCGUGGUUACUCCUAUGAUGACAUUCCUGACUUUGAUUGACGUGUGUGCGACGACCAGUCCGUCCUGAGGGGAACUCCUCUGUGUCCUCUGACACACACACACACACACACACACACACUCCUCUGUGUCCCCUCAGACAUCUGGGGGUGUUUCUGAGCAGUGUUUAAGAUGUUAAAUAUGUAAAUGCUCUGAGAAAAUUGACUGUGAAAUGAGAAUUAUAUUUCAGCUCUAUUUUAUGCAACGGAUUGUGUAAUAAUUUAUCUGAUGGUAGUCUAGUUUGGCCAAACAAUUCUAUGUUUUGUAGAGAGCAGCUGCUUUCAUUUCAAACUCGUGCAAACAUUCCUGCUCCCAAUCCCUGCGGCCAUCCCUGACUCUUAUAGAGGAGAGGCAUUAUCAUGGGCCCCCUCAGCAAUAAAUCCCAAUAUUGGAGUCACACACACACACACACACACACACACACACACACACACACACACACACACACACAUACGUAUACACACACACACACACACACACACACCACCCUCAAUUAUGAACUCCAGAAGAGGUGAACCACACCCAACUAGUGUCCAGCCGACCUUCAGCCAGCACUCAGCCAGCACCCAGCCAGCACCCAGCCGAUCCCCAGCCAGUGGUCCAGUCUGCUGAAUUCCAGAGGGAUGGCGUCCAUCUGAGGCGAUUAAGCUUGAAGGCUUUUCAUCUCCGCAUGCCGUCCCCUACAUGCGGGCAGCAUGCCAUGCCAUGCCCAGGGCAUUAACCCCGCGGGCGCCCCCUCAUCACUGGAGAGUGCCCGCUGCCCUCCUAAUUGAGCCCGCUCCGGAUUCAUCUGCCUUCGUUUGUGUUUGUGUUUGUGUUUGUGGGAUUGCAUCUGUAAUUCAGUUGUGUUAGAGGCGUGCCAGAGUUUAAUCAGUGUGCUCAGCUGGGUGUGUGUGUGUGUGUGUGUGUGUGUGUGUGUGUGUGUGUGUGUGUGUGUGUGUGUGUGUUGGAUCAGAUCAGUCGGGGCGUAAUGUUGGGGCUAGCCUAGUGUAGUGUACCCCCCCCCACACACACACACACACAACUCUACUGUACAGCCUCAUGUUCAAACAAUAAAAUGGAAUGUCCUGCAACACUGCAA